GGGUUUUGGAUGAGCCUGUACAAGCUGGGAAGUUAACCAGGAGAGGGAUAAAUAAAGCAUUAGUGCCACCUUCCUGCUCCAUCAACAGCUCCAAGGAGCAACAAUAGUGAGUUUACGAACUUGGAGAAUAAAAUAAUUGUUGAGAUGAAGGACGAGGAAGGCUUGAGGAGUGGAUGAUAAAGUACACGCUUAUUUUGGACUAGCCAUUGGAGAGAAAUUUGACUUGAAAUGGGCUAGAAGGAGUUAAGGGAAUGCUUUACCAGCAGGCAAGUUUCUUUCCAACUCUUUCUCCACCCACAGUGUCCUGUUCCUGUCUCCUUCCGCUGAAAAUUAUUUUUAAAACUGCAGAAGGUGGAGAGAAGGAGGGAAUAGAGACAGAGAAUGCUUCACUCCUGAGCUCUAGCAGAAUUUUCAUUUGAAACGGUCUUAUGAUGUUAACAUAAGAAACAAACUACUACAGUGGAGACCCAGUUCUGGAAAUGAGAAAUGUCAGUAUUAGUCUGAAAUGUUACAUGAACAAACUGCGCAGUGAAAUUCUAGCUCAGUUCCAGACUUCAUGAUCCACUCUUUGGUUACCCUGACUCUUAUAUUUGGACAGCAGCUUCUACACAUCUGUGAAUUCAACUUUUGUAUCCCCUUCUAUCUUUAUGUGGCUCUGAAGGGGUGGCUGAGGUAUGCAAUUCUCACCGGCAUUUAGUUACCUUGGCAUCACUGAGGGGAAAAGAAUCUUUCAGGUCAUCAGAGAUUGCCAGGUACCUGCCUGGCCUCUGCUAAGCCCAGUGGAAGCAUGAGAUGGAGUAUAGAAAACUGACUCGAGCAACCUGCUCUCUGAAGCUAACCACCGCCUUACUGCCUAAUACAAAUGUGCAAGUUAUUACCAGGGAUAUCCAGGAGUGUGAAAGUGCAAUUGUGAAUGACAUCAUGGACAAGAAAAACAGAAAUACUCCAGACCAAAUGAAAAAAGCACAGAAGACCAUUCAGAAUACGCCUCUGGACCUGAUUGACACAGGGAAGGGGCUGAGAGUGCAGACGGACAAGCCACACCUGGUCAGCCUCGGGAGUGGUCGGCUCAGUAUCGCCAUCACAUUGCUUCCGCUUGAAGAAGGGAAGACCACGUUUGGCAGCUCGGAUAAUCCCUCACAAGACGUCAGCGUUCAAGGUCCGGGUAUUGCAGCUCAGCAUUGCCAUAUUGAAAACCAAAAUGGAGUUAUAACCCUGUACCCAUACGGGAAUCUAUGCGCAAUCGAUGGAGUUCAGGUGAAACAGCCCACGCGCCUAACCCAAGGGUGCAUGCUCUGCCUUGGGCAAUCGACAUUUUUUCGCUUCAACCAUCCAGCUGAGGCUCACAAAAUGAAGAGCAUGAUGUCCGGGAACCAAAACUCUGCAGUGACCUAUGGCCGUUCUUCAGAUCCUACCAGUCUGGUCAAUGGCAAUCACCAAACUCACCUUAACGAAGCUUCAAACAAUCAGCCAUCAAGACCCCAACCCACUCCCAGUUCACUGGUCUGCUCAAUCGAGAAGGAUCUACAAGAUAUUAUGGACUCUUUGGUGAUGGAGGAUGCUACAUCUCCUGGUAAAAAAAAGGCAGCCAAUGCCCAAUCGCCUUUAUCCCCCAUAGUCAAUGGAGGCGAGAGGUACCUCCUGUCACCUCCUACAAGUCCUGGCGCUAUGUCAGUGGGAUCAAGUUACGACAACAUGUCACCGCCCUUCUCCCCUCUGUCCUCUCCAUCUCCUGGCAGCAGCAGCAGUUGCACCAGCCAUUCCCCAGGUAGUCAGGAACAAGGGCCAACAUUGCCUCCAACUGUGCCUAUUAGAUCUUCAAGUUAUAAUCACACUGUGCAACCUCCAUCCCCUCGGCCUGUGCCAACCUAUGGUGGAAUGGCGAUUGACCUAACUAAGUGUAAUGGUCUUGGCCCAGGGAUGCAGCGGGUGUCAGAGAGUCCACGUGCUCACAGAAAAGUGCCCAAUGUCCAUGAAACCCCGCCAAGCCCAACCCUUAACCGUAGAGGGUUUCCACUUGAUACCUUGAAUUCAGCGAUGCUUAAUGAAACCAGGAAGAUGCCAGAGAGUUCAAAACUAUCACUACAAAGUCACCACCUACCAUCAGUAUCUGUUAGCCCGAGUGACUUCAGUGGAGGAAAUGCCAGAGUUCAAGUUGUGAACGUUCCAAGCAGCCCUCGAUCUGCAGCCAAGUUUCAUCCACCUUCAAGCCCAAGGACCAAAGGAGCUGCCCUUCAAGAAAGGCCUCCAAGUCCUUUCAGAGAGGCUAAGGAAACUCCCGUUGAUCGAUCCAUCACUUCCAGCCCAUCUCGGCAGAUGUCCCCAAGGGGUUUCCAGCCAUUGGAGAGCUUGGGAUAUGUUCAUGUAAAUCAGCCUGUCCAGUUACAACCAAGAAGCCUGCAGCCUCCUGAGAGCCCCAGAAUGGGUAGACGAAGCAUAGAAAGCAUGAGGGAAUUGCCUCCAUUAAGUCCUUCCAUGACAAGGAGGGCUGGACCAAUUCCCACGUUCUCCAAUCUACCAAAUUCUCCUCAAGCGAGGACCUCUCGAGAUAUGGUCAUUCACAAUAGUCCCUCCCAUCAGAUGAAGCUGGUGAAGGAAAUGCCAGAAAGCCCUCGAUUUAGACGCAAAUAUUCCUCAGGCUCAUCAGAAAGGAAUGAGGACUUCUUAGUGCACAGUACCUCCGGGUCAAAUACCUUAAGCACUGGAAGAGGAGUCAGGGAUCGCAGCCCAUCCCCAACUUUGCUGUCUGUUGACCAUUCACGGAAAGCCUAUGGGAAUACCUUAACCCCGGCACACAGCUUGUCAUCUUUGUCCAUCUCAACACCACUGCAAAGCCCAAGAAUGCAGAGGAAAAUGGUGGGGGAUGAGAGGAUCCCAGCACCACGACAGCGGAAAAACAGUAUCUCUGAAAUCAGCGACAAUGAGGAUGAACUCCUGGAUUAUCACCGGAGACAGAGGGAGGAACGAAUCCGGGAACAGGAAAUGCAGAUGCUGGAGCGUCAGAGACUUGAAACCAUCCUGAACUUGUGUGCCGAAUACACAAAAACUGACUCACCCACCAGCCCUGAUAUGGGAAAGGUGGACCAGGCCAGCGAGCAGUUGCAGCUCGACGAGCAGAGGCUGUUCCCCAGCUCAGUGGAGCCUGCCCCAACUACAGCCAGCAGAGGAACCUCCAUGGACAGAUGCACCGGAGGUAAAGUCUACAGUGAGCCUAGCCCAGCACAGCCAUUGGAACCCAGCAUGCAGAAACCACGAGACGGUCUGGAGAGAUCAGAUGAGGAGAACCUUAAGGAAGAGUGCAGCAGCACAGAGAGCACACACCACGAGCAGCAUGAAGAUUCAGCCGGUGGUCAGUCAGCCCAGCAGGUGGUGUACCUGGAGGAGGAGAGGGUGAGAGUUCUCACCAACGUGGACGAACUGAAGCAAAGGAUCAAGGAGCUGGAUCAACAACUUGAGGAGUCCACACGUGAGGCGGAGAUGGAGCGAGCGCUGCUUCAGGGGGAGCGAGAGUCUGAAGUUGCCCAGAUCCACCAGGAGCAGGAGAUCAUCAGUCAGCUGGAGGAGAAGCUUUCUGAGCUAGAGCACAAUAUACAGAGAGAAAAGGACAAGGAAAGGGUAAAGCUUGAUGCAGAGAAAAAAGAAGUAGAGAGACUGCAAUCGCAUUGCCAUGAGUUGAAGAGCCAGCUUGAUAACUGCCCUGAAUCAAUGAGGGAGCAGUUACAGGAACACCUCAGAAGGGAGGCAGAAGCUCUGGAAUCCGAAGCCAAACUGUUCGAGGACUUGGAGUUUCAGCAGCUGGAGAAGGAGAGCCGCCUGGAGGAGGAGCGGGAGACAGUUAGUCAGCAGCUGCAACAGGAUAAGACUGAGUACCAGCGCAGCACCAAGCGGAGAAAGGACAAGGUCUCUGCCCUCGAGAACCAAGCCAAUCAAAUCCGUUAUCAGGCAAUUCAGGAGUGUGAGAGACUGAACAGGGAAAAAAAUGCAAUGAUACAAAUGCUUCAGAAGGAAAAAGACAAACUGGCUAAUCUAGAAAAACAAUAUUUCAUGGUGACUGGUGGCAAAGCCUUCUCCAAAAGUUCUACAGCAUUGAAAGAGGAAGUCCUUCGUAUCACAGAGCCUAGCGACUUAUUAGAAGAGACUAAGUAUCAGCAUUGCUUACCAGGAAAAGCAACUUCUCUAUCCCCCUCUCCUUCCACCCCAUCGUACCCCAAGAUACAGGAGGAAUAUAUGAAGCUGGCUGACGUGUUUAAGUUCUACAGUGAUAUAUAUGGCACAGGCACUGAUGCUGCGCUCUCUGCUUCUCCGCUGCGUUCUCUGCCGCUUACUGUACCUCCAUCAGUCCAUGAGGAGUACGUUACCCUAGGUCAGCUGAAGGAGUUAUACGGUAGAUCAACAGAGAGUUCAGCUCCAGCCCCAUUUCACACUAACUCAGCCACUGCCUCUCUGACUCUCUCUGCUGAAAGCUCACUGCCUUUGCUGGCUUCUUCCUCUACACUGUUCACAGCUGAGCAGCCUACCAGCAGGCUGCUGACCUCUACGUUGGAGCUAGAGAGAUGGUACCAAGAAAUAAUGGCUAACUUUGAGGCCUCAUCUUCCUCACCUCCAAUUUCCUCCUCUCCUCCUCCUCUUCCAGCUAAAACUCACUCCACUCGAAGAUCCAUUCAGGUCUACCGAUCCAAAAUGGAGAGUGAUGGUUGUGGCACACUACCUCGGACAAAGACAGGGUCUGCCCCCUCCUCACCAUUCACCGCCUCAACACUCGGACGAAAUCUUACUUCCAAGAAUGUUGCACUGGCACAGAAUGGCACGAGCAGCUUACCACGGAACCUGGCUGCAACCCUUCAAGACAUCGAAGCCAAGCGCCAGCUGGCGUUGCAGCAGAAAGAAACAAUAGGGAUAUCCAGAUCGGAUCACAGAAGAGGCCACCAGGUGAUUGAAGAGCAAAAGCGGCGAUUGGCGGAGCUGAAACAAAAGGCUGCAGUCGAGGCCCAGUCGCAGUGGGACGCCCUGCACAGCCAGCACUCGCCCAUGUUUGUUCACCCAAGCCAGCCGUGCAACCUGCAGUCACACCUCAUCCACCACAGCAUCCUCCACCACCAUUCUCAGCCCCUCUCUGCUCAACAUGGCACAGACGUGGAUCAUGCCUUUGACACACUCAGUCUGGAGAGCUCAGACAGCAUGGAGACUAGCAUAUCCACUGGCAACUCGGCCUGUUCCCCUGACAACAUGUCAAGGGAUACUGAGGACAAUGGAAGGAGCUCAGCUGAGCUGAGUGCCAGCGGCGUGGAUGUAUCCAAGAUCGAGGAGAUGGAAAAGAUGCUGAAGGAGGCACAAGCAGAGAAAGCUCGCCUUUUGGAGACGAGGGCACGUGAGAUGGAAAUGCGUCGCCAGGCCUUUGAGGAAGAGCGCAAGAGGCGGGAGGAACUGGAGAAGAGGCUUCAGGAAGAAACUGUCCAUCGGCAGCAGCUGGUUGACAAGGAGGUCAAGAUGCGGGAGAAACAUUUUUCACAGGCACGACCUUUAACCCGGUAUCUACCAAUCAGGAAGGAAGAUUUUGAUUUGCGGUCACAUAUCGAAUCAUCUGGGCACAACCUGGAAACCUGCUACCAAAUUACCAUGUCUGAAAAGAUGUGUAAAGGCUACCUGACAAAAAUGGGUGGGAAAAUUAAAUCCUGGAGAAAACGUUGGUUCGUCUUUGAUCGCAUUAAGCGGACAUUGUCUUAUUACGUAGACAAACACGAAAGUAAGUUAAAGGGAGUGAUUUAUUUUCAAGCUAUUGAAGAGGUUUACUAUGACCAUCUCAGAAGUGCCUCAAAGAGCCCCAAUCCUGGCCUCACGUUUUGUGUGAAGACUCACGACCGGCUCUACUUCAUGGUGGCUCCGACGCCAGAGGCGAUGCGGAUUUGGAUGGAUGUGAUUGUGACAGGCGCCGAGGGUUACACACAGUUCAUGAGCUGAGGAGAAGGGGAAGCUCCCCUCCUUGGGGUGGAGUGAGUUGGGGUCGUGCAGAGCUUCAUUGAGUCAACCUGCUCUGUCCAGCACUGCCUGUAUUGACUGACUAACCCCCUGCCUUUCUUAUUCUUUCUCUCUCUCUCUUUCACACACACACACACAUUCUCUCUCUCUCUCACUCACUCUCUCACAUUCUCUCAUUCUCUCUCUCACUCACACUCUCUCUCACACUCUCUCUAUCUCUCACAUACACUCUCUCUCUCUCUCUCUCUCACACUCUCUUGUCCUCUGCCUGAAUACUGAUUGUGGGCAGUAAGUGGGGCCUGUCCCACCUCGCCAUGCAGAGUGCAAGUAGGCAAUGCAACAUUUUCUAAUGCUUUUACCAGAAGUUGGCUUCAAACAAAUGAUAAGGAGAAACACCUACACUCAUAAUCGAAACAUAAAGGCUCCAAAGACUCCCAUCCAGUAUUGCAGUUUGAACAUUCUGACAUUUCAAGUGGAUGGUGAACGGAGACAAAAGGAAGACAAAAAGACACAAGAAAAGAAUAAUUUAUUCCCUGACCCGAAACGUCAGGCAGGCUUCAGAAGUGUCAAAUUCCCUUUGACGAUGUCGCCAUGGGGACAGAUUGGUGCCGGUGCCAGCUUCAGGCAUGACCUGCGCCUCCUCUCCCCCCCCACCCCCACCCCCAUUGAUUGGAAAUGUCCAGUGUUCAGUGACAGGCAAAAUAAAGGAACGUGAUCUCUUCCCAGCGAACACCCACUUACGUGUGGACUGACUGCAGCGAUACUGGCAGCACGAACAGCUGGACGAGCUCCAAGUUGCCUGCAGACAAGGUGGAAAUUACGUGCCUUUGAAACUUCCGGUCCAGGGAUUCCAAGUGCUCAAUCUAUGGACUUGUGUUGGCAUAAGCAGCAUUUCUUGGGAGUUGAAUCAGGGAUUGAAAUAUGUUUUAUUUUAUUAACUUUUGGUCUUGUUGUUGAACUACUCUGUUAAACAACGGCUUUAGCUGAGGUUGCCGUAAGCAAGACUUAUCUCAAUGCUAAGGGUAAUUUUUACAGUUUUUUAACUAUUAGAGGCCCAGUAUUGCUUUUUGCCUCCCAUACAUCCUGUGCCAUAGUUUGCUUAACACGUCAAUAAUCGUACCCAGCUAUGCUUUCUUAAACUUUGCGUUUUAGCCAGUAUCAUACUACAGACAAGAAGAAAAGGGAAUUCCAUUUUGUGUCUCUUGAGGACUAUGUGUUAACAGUUUGAGAGAUUUGAUGAUUUCUAGGAAAAAGAGAGGCUAUGGGAGCUUCAUCCUUGCUUUAUUGACUAGACAUUGUGAUGGUUUAACUGUAUUACAUAUUGUAGGUCACUUGAAGGGUGGAUUUACCCAGUGGACAAGCAACAUCUAUGUUUUAUGAUAUCUGAAAAUCCCCAAACCAGGGAGAACAUAGUGUGUUGGUGCUAGAAUUGGCCGUAAUCAUUUUAAUGCGAUCGUCAGCCCUUCUUCACCCUUUGGUUGGAGGAGGAUUUGGAUGGAGGUUGACUGAGGUUGUGUAAGCCUCCUCUGUGGUUGAAUAGUCCACUGCCAUUUGAUAUGUAGUUUAACCACACAUACGGGAACAUCCUAGGAUCAUUUACCAGGAGGAAGAUUGUUUGUCAGACCAGUACUUGGUCCUAGUAUCUUCAUUACAAGGGGAAGGAAUGGAUCAAGCAGGCUGCUGUUUCUCAUUGCUCUCCAGUAAUGCCUAUUGAAUUUGGAUUAAUAAAUUACAUUUAUAUGUUU